AUGAGCGAAACUAAUCCAUAAAAAAAACAAGACGAAAUAGAAUUGGGUUUACAAACUAAAGAUAGUGAUAGAAAUAAUUAAAUACUUACCGUAUUCAAUGAUCAACAGGAUGACUAAAUGCAAGAAGAAUAACCAUUAAAUCAAUAGGAAUAUUAAGAAGAACCUUCAAUGGCUUCAAUUCCUGAAGAAGAAGAAGAAAUGUUUUAUCCUUACUAUCAUGGCUAGAACAGUUGGUUAAUUUCUAAGUUGGCUUUCUUCCAUCUCACAUCGUACUAACUAUUUUUGAAGAAACAUGUAUUGGAUAAAGGACAUAAAAUUGGCGAAAAGCACUUACCUAAAUUGUCUCCUUGGGAAGACCUGCAAGAAACAGUAAAAUAAUGUUAAACUGCAGUAAAACAACAAAAGGUAGUUACUUGUGGGAAUUUGGUAAAAAUAAUAUUUUUUGGAUAAUUAAAGUGGGUAUGUAUUGGAUGCUUUAUUGGAUAUGUUAUAGAAGCUAUAGGAAGGAAUGUAUUAUCAAUAGUAAUGAGUAAAGUCAUUACGUGUGCUGCUGAAAAUGACAGAGAAAGCGCAUAUAAUUAUGCCACCUUAUUGGUAUUUCUAAAUCUAAUAUGCGUUUUUGCAAGACAUCAUGGUUACAAUCUAUCUAUGGUGUUUUCAUCAAAAGCAAGAAUGACUCUCAUCAAUUUAGUCUACGUAAAAUUAACUGACUUGAGUGCCUAUUCCAUAAAAGAGGCAAACAUAGGCAAGAUUUUAAAUUUGGUUUCUGGCGAUAUCAAUUAUCUUGAGUUUGUUUUUAUUAUGAUAUUCUAAACCAGUGUGUGCUUUAUUUCAAUGAUUUUUGGAGCCUACAUCCUCUGGGAUAGAUUCAAUGGCCCAAUUGGAAUGAUAGCUCUUGCCAUCAUUUUCGUUGCCUAUCCUAUUUAAAUAGUUCUACAAUCUUUUAAUUCAGAGACUCUAAAAACUUCUAAACAGUAUUAGGAUCAAAGAUUGAAACUGACCAAUGAACUUAUUGAAGGGAUAAGACUUAUUAAAAUGUAUGCCUGGGAACAAGCCUUCAAUAAGAUGAUCUCUAUUAUGAGAAGGGAAGAAUACUAUUGUUUAUUGAAAAUCAAUUUUAGAACAGCCACAGACCGAUUAUUUAGUUUAAUAUCUUAAGUUUGGUCUAGUUUUGUGUUUUUUAUUAUCUUAUAUUAUGGAGGCUAUAGAAAGACUAUGAGUGUAGCAGAAAUGAUUUCAACUAUUUAAUUACUUACAUUUUUUAAAAUCAGUUGUGUCUUUAUGGUUUCCUAUGGAAUUUAGUCUAUCAUCCACAUAAGGGUGUCAUUUACAAGAAUAGCUACUGUUUUAAAUAUUUUAAAUUCAGAAAUGACAAGUUUAGAUCAUAUUCAAUUGAAAUCAGAUAAUAAUAAUGAAAAAUCUUAAAAUUUUCAUGGUCCAAGGAUCCAACUUAAGAAUUUUUCUUCCUUUUGGACAGGCAAAGUUACUGAAACCACAAAGCCAACUCUUAAGAAUUUAACACUUGAUAUUUAAGCAGGAGAGGCAUGGGCUUUUAUUGGAAGAGUUGGUUCUGGAAAGUCUACUCUCCUUAGUGCUUUUUUGUAUGAGAUUCCUGCUUAUAAAGGAUCAUUCAAAAUUGAUGGUUAAGAAGCAAACAAAGGAAAUUUAAUUAUAGCAUAUGUUGAAUAGGAACCUUUUAUCUUUCCUGACACUAUAAGAAGAAAUAUCUUGUUUGGUAGACCAUAUGAUAAGGUAUUAUAUUAAAAAGUAUUACAUGCAUCAUAAUUAGAAGCAGAUUUAACUCAGAUGAAAUUUUAGGAUCACACAGAAAUUGGAGAGAGAGGCACUACUUUGUCUGGAGGUCAAAAAGCUCGUUUAUCUUUGGCUAGAGCUCUAUAUCAAUAAGCAGACUUAUAUUUAUUUGAUGAUCCAUUAUCAGCUGUAGAUGCCAGUGUUGCCAAAAAUAUAUUUCAUAUGGCUAUCAAAGAAUUCAUAUUUUAGUUUCAAGUACAGAGAAACCCGUAAAAGAAAAAACCUAUUGUUAUUCUGGUUACUCAUUAAGUUUAAUAUGCUGUCGAGUGUGAUAAAAUUGGCAUAUUAAAUGAUGGAGAACUAAUUGCUUAAGGUUGCUAUGAUGAUAUCAAAUAAAGUCUUUAUAUGAUAAAUGAUGAGUUGGCUUAAUAGUUAAACAACACUAAAGAAUUGAAAAAAUAAGAAUUCGUAAGACCAUAGUUCCAAAAGAGAGUAAAAGUUAGAAAUUCUGUUGCUAAUAAUCUCAUAGGUAAAGAGGCUGAUUAAUAAUAAUUGAUCACAAUUAAAACCUACAUUAGAUACUAUAAAUUUUGGAAUAUCAUAGUGAUUAUACUUGUGUUAUGUCUAGAAGCUGGUUCUGAAGUUUGUAAUAAUUUUUAUUAACGAAUCAUUUCACUUUUUGAAGAGUACUAAUAAGAUAACGAUAUAGACAAUGGCUAUUAUCUGUUAGGAAUGCUAACUUUAGGACUAAUCCUUGCAAAUCUGAUAAAAUACAUAUUGAAUACAUAUUCAGUUUUAUCUUCUACUUAGAGAAUACAUUAGUAUAUGCUUAAAUCCUUAACAUUAGCACCAAUUUCAUAUUUUGAUGUUAAUCCAUCUGGUAGAAUAAUCAACAGAUUUUCAAAUGAUUUAUCAUUAUGUGACAAUCAAACCAAUACUGUAAGUUUGGAUGUUUUGGAGAUUGUUGGUAAUUUUUUUUUUGCCUUAGUAACUCUGGCUAUAUUAUAGCCAUACUUUUUAAUUAUGAUCCUAUUUAUUAUCAUCAUUGAUUAUUAUUAGUUUAGCUAUUCCAAGAAGAUUAUUAGUUAACUUAAGGAGGUUGAAUUAAUGUAAAGAAGCCCUUUAUUUGAUUUCCUAAAGAAAACCUUAGGAGGAGUAAUUCAAGUUAGAGUGUAUGAAUAAUAGGAAUGGUUCAGAAAAUAGUUCUUAGAUCUAUCUAAUAAAUGCAAUCUUAAUUCACUUACUUAUUACUAUUCCUCAAGAGCUUUUGGCUUUAAUUUGGAUCUUGUGGGAUUUAUUGCUUAAACAGUUGGAAUAUAUAUAUUCUUAAAAUUAGAUUUAAAUAACGUUGCAGUAUUGUCUUAAGGAUUACUUCUUUUGAUUACUUAUAAUGAUGGUUUACAAUGGGGAUUAAGGCAAUUAAUUACCUUUGAAACUCAAAUGAACUCAUAUAAUAGAAUGUUUUAGAUUAUUGAUAUCGUACCAGAGGCCCCUCAUUAUACAAAAGAAGAUGAAUAAUAUCCAGAUUUUCCAAAAGAUGGAAGAGUGAAAUUUGACAAUGUGUUUAUGAGAUACAGAUAGAAUUGUGAUUUAGUUUUGAAAGGAUUAUCAUUUUAGAUUUAAAGUGGUGAAAAGAUUGGCUGUGUCGGAAGAACAGGAGCAGGAAAGUCCUCUAUUUUGUAAGUUAUUUUUAGAAUGUCUGAAAUAGAAAAUGAUAAAGAAUCGACAUUAUAAAUUUCAGACUUAGAUAUUAGAAAAUUAGGAUUGCAUAAAUUAAGAAGCAACAUUGGAAUCAUUCCCUAAUCGCCUUUCUUAUUUACAGGAACUAUUAGAAGAAAUCUAGAUCCUUUUGAUAAUUUCACUGAUGAAUAAUUAUGGAAGGCACUAGAACAAACAGAUCUUAUUAAUCAUGUUAGAGCAUUUUAAAGUGGUCUAUAAACAGAUAUGAGUGAUGUUAAUUCAGUUUUUUCUGUAGGAUAAAAACAAUUAAUUUGUUUAGCUAGAAUAAUAUUACAGUAAAAAAAAAUUAUAGUUUUGGAUGAGGCAACAGCCAAUGUAGAUAUGAAGACUGAUGAUUUCAUAUAAGACACACUAAAGAAGAAGUUUUCAGAUUGCACGUUAAUCACAAUUGCGCAUAGAUUGAACACAAUUGCAGAUUACGAUAAAGUUAUGGUUGUAAGUGAAGGGUAAGUAAUUGAAUUUGAUACUCCAUUUAAUUUAUUAGCCAAUUCAAUUAAUUCUACAACUGUAGAUAAAUCAACAGAGUUUUCCAGAUUGGUUAAAAACACUGGUGAUUAAAAUUCUUAAGCCAUUUUUGAUAUUGCUAAAUAAAAGCAAAUCAGAAUGUGA